AUGUUAAAAAAAGAGGGCUUGUUAAGUGGGAAGAAGUCUGCUGUGAUAAAAGACAGGGAGCACAUAUGGGGGAUCCUGUCUCAUAAACCUUCUAUCUGGGCUAAUUGGGCCGAUGAGAAUAAAAUUAAAAGAAUGAGUUUUUUGGGGAUAACUAAGUUGAAUGACUGCUUUUGGAGUUGGAGACAAAUUCUCAAUAUUAGGCCAGAUUUGCUUAAGUUGUUUGAUUAUAAGCUUGGUAAAGGGGACAAGUUCUUCUUCUGGCAUGAUCCUUGGCCUGGUGGCAUUUCCAUUAAAGAUAGAUAUCCUGAGCUGAACUUCAGAGAUGCUGAUAUUCCUUCUAAAACCAGAGUCAAUCAGGUUUGGAGGAACAACUCUUGGAACUUGCCUCCCCCUAUUUUUAAAGAUGAUGCAAAUGCUUGGGAUUUCAUCAGAGAGAAUUUCAAAGUAAAUAAUGAUGUUGAGGAUCAGGUUAAUUGGAAAGCUAAUAAAAGUGGCAAGUUCUUUGUCAAAAGUGCUUUUCAGUUGUUAUGUGAUGAUAAAGAUAAUGUUCCCUGGUUUUCCCUUGUCUGGUUUGCUGGUUUUAUUCCUAGACAUGCUUUUAUUCUGUGGCUUGGUUUAAAAUGCAGGAUUAUGACUAAAGAUAGGCUCCUCAGUUGGGGGACCAUAAGCUCAGAUACUUGCAGCUUAUGCAAUGAUAAAAGUGAAACCAUGGAUCACCUGUUCUUUGGUUGUGUUUAUUCUGAUUGUAUUUGGAAGGGUGUUCUGGUCUGGCUGGGUAUUAGAAGACAGAUUAAUCCCUGGAGAAGAGAGAUAAGCUGGUUUGUGAGAAGAGCCAAGGGGAGAUCUGAGAUUGCUAAGAAAAGAAGGUUGAGUUUUGCUGCUGCUGUAUAUUUUAUCUGGAGAGCGAGAAAUGAAGCUGUGUUUAAUAAUAAUGUCAUGAAUCCUUUGCAGACUCUUGAAGGGAUCAAAUCUUCUGUUUUUGUUCUAGAUAUUGCCUCUAGCUAG